AGUGCGGAUGGCCUCCAGCAGGGGGAGCCCUUCGCAGAUCAUGAGGUACGCAAGCACCAGGGUGGCUGAUCGGCUUAGUCCCAUGGCACAGUGCACCAACACCCUUCCUGUCCCAAACAACAGUUUCAGACAUGGUCUUUGCAACUCUGCCUAGAAGGCCAGCUUCCUGGAGUCCACUCUUCACUGUUGAAAAGGAGGGUAAUAUUUAAAAAGCUACCUAUUAUUUAAUGAAGAGGACCUGUGAGACGUAUGUUUCUAAAAGUAUGAUCUCUGAUGUAUUGAUCUUCGUGCACAGUUGUGCAAUAGGGCCUCCCGCUUCUCUUUCUAUCACACUUGGAGGCAGUUUCUGCUGUUCAUUCAAGUGAGUAGUGCACACCUAUGUAAGAAAUCUUCAGUUUCUUGGUAACUGCCCACAUGAAAUAGCCUUCAUUUCUCAAAACAACAAUAGACUGACAAGUUUUUGAAGAAAGCUCAUUCUUUUUGGCCAUUUUGAGACAAUCGCUGAUCCCACAAAUGCUCAUGGUACAAGGCCAUGGAGCAGUACCACAUCCCAGACAAGAUUAGGCAGAUGAUUAACAGCUACCUGGGGUCAUUCAAGCUGCGGUUUCAGACUGCUAAGUUCAUCACUGCAUGGCAGAUACUGGAGAAGGGGAUUGUAACAGGAUGCACAGUCUCCCCCAUCCUGUUCAUCAUGGGGAUGAACCUUCUUAUUACAGCAGCAGCAGCAGAGGCCAAAGGACCAGUGACUGCAGCAGGGAGCAGGCAACCCCCACUAAGAGGAUUCAUGGACGACCUCACUAUAACAACAACACAUGUGCAGGCAAGGUGGAUCCUGAAGACUUUUGGGGCUUUGGCAUCAUGGGCGAGGAUGGUUUUCAAGCCCAGGAAGUCACGGAGUUUGGUGAUAAGGCGGGGGAAGCUGACAAAUGCGUUCAAACUCCACGUCCAAGGUGAACAAAUUCCAACAAUCAGGGAGAAUCCCAUCAAAUGCCUGGGAAAGUGGUACGAUGACACCCUCAGCGACAGGAACAACAUCUCUGACACUGGAAAACAGGCAGAUGAGUGGCUGAGGAGGAUUGACGGGUCGGGACUACCUGGCAAGUUCAAAUCCUGGAUUUACCAGCAUGGGCUUCUACCAAGGCUGAUGUGGCCGUUGACAGUAUAUGAGAUUCCAGUGACUGCAGUGGAGAAGUUGGAGAAGAAAAUAAACAAACAUCUGAGGCGGUGGCUUGGUAUCCCUCCCAGCUUCACAGCAGUGGGGCUCUAUAUUUGGUCUGGCCAGCUUCAGCUUCCAUUCUCAUCUGUGGUGGAGGAGUUCAAGGUGGCCAAGUGCAGGGUGGCAAUGGUACUCAGAGACUCUAAAGACGAGCGUGUCAGCAAUGCGGGGGUCAUAAGAAGAACAGGCCGCAAGUGGGUAGCAGACACCGCAGUUAGGCAAGCUGAAAGCUCCAUAGAGUUGAGGGAUAUCAUUGGCCAUGCCUGUACCGGCCGGCAGGGACUAGGAACCUCCCAUUUCAUCCAGUGGGGGAAGGCAACUGUGCAGCAGAGGAGAGAGAUGGUGCAAGCCGAAGUGCGGCACCAAGUGGAAGACACACGGAAGGCGAAGGUUGUCGAACUAGCAACCCAAGGAACUUGGACCAGAUGGGACCUCCCAAAAAGGAGGGUCACGUGGACCGAAAUCUGGAGGCUGGAACCGUUCUGUGUGAGUUUCCUCUUGAGGUCUGUAUGACACACUUCCGUCACCUGCAAACCUGGUAAGGUAGGGCCUGAGGGAGGAUCCACUCUGCAAAUUGUGUGGGAAGAAUGGCACACUCUCCCACAUUCUAGCAGGGUGUCAAACAGCUCUGGCCCAGGGGAGAUACAGGUGGCGGCAUGAUCAGGUGCUCAGCGUAACUGCAUACAUUCUGGAACAGGCCAGGAGAAGGUCGCAACCACUCAAGCCACAAACAUUAGCGCUGCAGUUCAUCAGGGCAGGGGAGCAGCCAUCUUCUGCAAGGAGAACCAGGACCAACAUCCUCCAGGGGGCACAAGGAUGGGAGAUGAUAGUUGACCUGGGUAGGAAGCUCAUUCCCCCCCAUCGUCCAGACCACCUUGAGACCUGACAUAGUCAUCUGGUCAGAGCAGGCAAAGAAGAUCAUCCGGGUAGAACUGACUGUCCCAUGGGAAGAAGGCUGUGAUGAGGCCCAUGAGAGGAAGUAUCUGAAAUACCAGGACCUCAUCAUGGAGUGCAGAGAGAAAGGGUGGCAAACGUGGCUGUUUCCAGUAGAGGUGGGGUGUAGAGGGUUUCCGGCACAGUCUGUAUGGUCGGUGCUCACUACACUCGGCGUAUCAGGCAAGGACCAUAAGGCAGCUGUGCGCAGGAUUGGAGAGGCAGCAGAAAGAGCCUCUUGUUGGUUGUGGUUUAAAAGGGAGGAGGGGGGCUGGAGGCCUGGGGCUGAUGGGCAGUGACCUGGCCAUCACUGUCGACCCGCCAACUGGAGGGUGUAGCAGAUAAGGGUCGAAACACCCUGAGAAGGUUGGGCACCGUCUGACGACAUUGGCUCCAGGCCAAGGCCACAGGCGUUCUAAAGAGCGACUGUAUGUGUGGCAUCAUGUGAUGUAUUAAGCAAGUAGUUUACAAUAUUACCAAUGCCUAGAUUAUAUUUCUGAUAAAAGUAAUGAUAUUUUGAUUGAAACAAAAUAUAAUUUUCUUUCAAAAGCAACGAAAUUUCUCAGCGAUUCCAAACUUUUGAGCAGUAGUUUAUAUAUAUGGUAAGCUAGCAUUUUGUACUCAUAGCUGACAUGUUGAAAGCAGAAGAAAUGGGCAGAGAUAGAGAUCUAAGUGACUUUGACGAGCCAAAUCAUUACGGUAGGAUGACUCGUUCAGAGCAUCUCCAAAGCAGCAAAGCUUGUGGGUUGCUCCUGGUCAGCCUGUCCUAUCAGUCAUCUUCCUGUUUGGCCAGCAGGUGUUGCUGGCCAUCCCAUCCUUUUCCCUGUGUUUCAUUAGGGUUAGCAUUCUUCUCAGUUUGCUAGGGUGGUCCCCUGGGCCACUGUGUCACUGAAUGGGCACAUGAAUGUGCAUCCCUCUCCCUCAUGGGUUCAAAGUUGGCCAGAGGCCAGUCUCAACUGUUACAUGCAGUAAUAUGUUAUUAGUUCAGUUUUUCCCAAUUAUUGUCUUGUAUUCAUGUAUUUCUGUAUUGCUUGUUUUUUGCCUUUGU